UUCCACAACUGAGGCCACAAGAAAGAUGUGUUUCAUUCUGUGUUUGCUAGUGAUAGCAGCUUUUGUUGCUUUGACACAACAACAAGAACUUGAGCUAAACUCCAAUGAUACUACAGAGUCGUCAGGAACAGUUUUAGAUUGUCCUUCAUACACAUUCGAAGAAGGCGAGCGCCCAGCAGAAUGUUUCAGAAAACGACGAGAAGCACACAAUAGUAAUCAAACAGAUAAAACCAAACAUCGGCACAGACAGCGACGUUGGAUGUUUUCACUGUGGCAGACAGCCGUUAGAUACAAAGAAUCGUACUUCGACUUUCAAUCUAACUACAGAGUGAAAGAAAACCGAAAGAAAGAAAACUGGAAUAGCGCCAACUGGAAGUGGACAAAAGGUACAGGCAGCUACUGUACAUUGGACCAAGUGCGUAAAUUCAAUAAGAAAUGGAAGCCGCCCUUCGUAUGGUGGUGGUACAACAAUUGGCAAUACACCAGAGACCUCAAACGCUUUCUUCUGAUAUGCAAAUGCAAAACAGAAUAAAAGGUCAAUGUGUUGAGAACAAUUUCUUGUUUGACUAUUCAAUACGAAAAAAUGUGGUUCUAACGUGUGUAUGUGUAGUAGAAUUAAUGAAGCAUGUAAUGCAAACUCAUUAUGUGACACAAUGUUAUAA